GUCGCCCGGGCUGGAGUGCAGUGGGAAGAUCUCAGCUCACUGCAACCUUCGUCUCCCGGGUUCAAGCAAUUCUCCUGCCUCAGCCUCCCGAGUAACUGGGAUUACAGGCAUGCGCCACCACGACCGGCUACUUUUUGUAUUUUUGGUAGAGACUGGGUUUCGCCAUGUUGGCCAGGUUGGUCUCAAACUCCAGACCUCAGGCGAUCCGUUCACCUCCGCCUCCCAAAGUGCUGGGAUUACAGACGUGAGCCACCGCGCCCGGCCUCUUGUUUGUGUACUUGUAACCUGAGAGGGAAACAGAGAAUAAGAACCUGACACUCUACGGUAAAAAUUUUUUUAUUUUUUUUGAGACAGAAUUUCGCUCUUGUUGCCCAGGCUGGAGUACAAUGGCGCGAUCUCAGCUCACUGCAACCUCCACCUCCCGGGUUCAAGCGAUUCUCCUGCCUCAGCCUCCCAGGACUCAGUGGCCUCUGAGGAUGUGGCUGUGAACUUCACACUUGAGGAGUGGGCUUUGCUGGAUCCUUCCCAGAAGAAACUCUACAGAGAUGUGAUGCGGGAAACCUUUAGAAACCUGGCCUGUGUAGGAAAAAAAUGGGAAGACCAGAGCAUUGAAGAUUGGUACAAAAAUCAGGGGAGAAUUUUAAGCAAUCAUAUGGAAGAGGGACUCAAUGAAAGUAAAGAAUAUGAUCAAUGUGGAGAAGCCUUCAGUCAGAUUCUCAAUCUUAAUCUGAACAAGAAAAUUCCUACUAUAGUAAGACCAUGUGAAUGUAGUUUGUGUGGGAAAGUCUUCAUGCAUCAUUCAUCCCUUAGUAGGCACAUCAGAUCUCAUCUUGGACACAAACCAUAUGACUAUCAGGAAUAUGGAGAGAAACCAUAUAAAUGUAAGCAGUGUGGGAAAGCCUUCAGUUCUUGUCAAUCCUUUCGAAGACAUGAAAGAACUCACACUGGUGAGAAACCUUAUGCAUGUCCGGAAUGUGGGAAAGCCUUCAUUUCUCUCCCAAGUGUUCGAAGACACAUGAUUAAGCACACUGGAGAUGGACCAUAUAAAUGUCAGGAAUGUGGGAAAGCCUUUGAUCGCCCAAGUUUAUUUCAAAUACAUGAAAGAACUCACACUGGAGAGAAACCCUAUGAAUGUCAGGAAUGUGUGAAAGCUUUCAUUUCUCUUCCAAGUUUUCAAAGACACAUGAUUAGGCACACUGGAGAUGGACCUUAUAAAUGUCAGGAAUGUGGAAAAGUCUUUGACCGCCCCAGUUUAUUUCGAAUACAUGAAAGAACUCAUACUGGAGAGAAACCCCAUGAAUGUAAACAGUGUGGGAAGGCCUUCAUUUCUUUCACAAAUUUUCAAAGUCAUAUGAUUAGGCACACUGGGGAUGGACCUUAUAAAUGUAAAGUAUGUGGGAGAGCCUUUAUUUUUCCCAGUUAUGUUCGAAAGCAUGAAAGAACUCAUACUGGGGAGAAACCCUAUGAAUGUAAUAAAUGUGGUAAAACCUUCAGUUCUUCCAGUAAUGUUCGAACACAUGAAAGGACUCACACUGGAGAGAAGCCCUAUGAAUGUAAGGAAUGCGGGAAAGCCUUCAUUUCUCUCCCAAGCGUCCGAAGACACAUGAUAAAGCACACUGGAGAUGGACCUUAUAAAUGUCAGAUAUGCGGUAGAGCCUUUGACUGUCCCAGUUCAUUUCAAAUACAUGAAAGAACUCACACUGGAGAGAAACCCUAUGAAUGUCAGGUAUGUGGGAAAGCCUUCAUUUCUCUUAAAAGGAUUAGAAAACACAUGAUACUGCACACUGGAGAUGGACCUUAUAAAUGUCAGGUAUGUGGUAAAGCCUUUGACUGUCCUAGUUCUGUCCGAACACAUGAAAGAACUCAUACUGGAGAAAAACCCUAUGAAUGUAAAGAAUGUGGGAAAGCAUUCAAUUAUGCCAGUUCCAUUAGAAUACAUGAAAGAACUCAUACUGGAGAAAAACCCUAUGAAUGUAAGCAAUGUGGAAAAACGUUCAGUUAUUCCAGUUCCUUUCAAAGACAUGAAAGAGCUCAUAAUGGAGAUAAACCUUACGUAAGGAAUGUGGGAAAGCUUUCAUUUAUCACACAACCUUCAAAUACCUGUGAAAAUGAAUAGUGGAGGACAGGUCUACAAGUAUCUACAUAUCUAAAGAAUAUGGAAAGUCUUCAGUUUGCUUUCUGGGUUUUGGACUUGUUUGGGAGCUCACCCCUUUCUCCUGUUUCUCACUUUUGGAAUAGGAAUCUCUAUCCUGUGCCUGUCUCAUAUUUUGGAAAUACACAACUAGUUUGGUUUUCACAGGUUCGGAGCUGAAGAAGAAUUUUGCCUCAGCAUGAAUUGAGUCUCAUCCGUAUCUGAGUUAUGUGAUAUUGAGAUGACAUUUCGGAGUUUGAGUUUAAACAUUAGGCUUCAUGCUGGAAUUAGCUGAGACUUUUGAGGCCUUUGGGAUGAGAUGAAUAUAUUUUACAUGUGAUGACAUGGAUUUUGGGGGCCAGAGGUGUAAUGUUUUGGCUGAGUGUAUGCCCCCUCAGAUUCAUAUGUUGAAACCUUACCCCCGUACCCCCCCCCUCCCCCCCCGCAAUGUGAUGGUAUUUGGAGGCCCUGUCUCUGGUAGUUUUUAGGAUUGGAGGACAUCAUGAAGAUGGAGGCCUUGUAAUUGGGAUUAGUUCCUGAUAGGAGUCCCUAGAGAGCUAGCUUUGCCUUUCACCAUGAGAGAGUGCAAUGAGAAGAUAGCUAUCUUUGAACUGGGAAGCAGGCCCUUACCAGACAUGGACUCUGCCAGUGCCUUGAUAUUGGACUUCUCAGCCUCCCAAACCAUGAGAAAUAAAUGUUUGUUGAUUAA